GUUGGUUUUCAGCUCGUGGAUGACUGAGAGAUCGUCAAUGGCUCAGAGGAGAUUUCAAUCUACCGCUGCUGCAGUGUGAGUUUCGCAAACCCAGCCUUCGACAUAAUCCAAGGUGAUAUGCACGUUGCUAACCAGCUUUGCCUAUUCUCAGGCUAGAGAAAGCGAAGGAAGACCCUUCUACUCUAUCCCAGGAAACCAUCGUUGAGAAUCUUGAUCCAGUCGAGGCCGCACGCCUGUCCAAAGUUCGCAACAUCGGUAUCGCCGCCCACAUCGAUUCCGGCAAGACCACCGUCUCCGAGCGAGUCCUAUUCUACACCGGCCGUAUCAACGCUAUCCACGAAGUCCGCGGCAAGGAUGCCGUCGGCGCGAAGAUGGACUCCAUGGACUUGGAGCGUGAGAAGGGUAUCACUAUCCAGUCCGCCGCUACCUUCUGCGACUGGACCAAGAAGGAGAAUGGGAAAGAUGAGACAUAUCAUAUCAAUUUGAUCGAUACCCCCGGCCAUAUCGACUUUACCAUUGAGGUGGAGAGGGCGCUACGAGUUUUGGAUGGCGCAGUCAUGAUCCUGUGCGCCGUCAGCGGCGUUCAGUCUCAGACCAUUACCGUCGAUCGCCAGAUGAGGAGAUAUAAUGUCCCCAGGAUAUCGUUCGUUAACAAGAUGGACCGUAUGGGAGCUAAUCCCUGGAAAGCUGUGGAGCAUAUCAAUCAGAAGCUGAGGAUACCCGCUGCGGCUAUCCAGGUACCCAUUGGACGGGAGGAUAACUUCCAGGGUGUUGUCGACCUCAUCAACAUGAAGGCUAUCUACAACGAGGGUGCAAAGGGAGAAACCGUGGUCGUGAAAGACGAAAUUCCAGCGGAUCUGAUCGAUUUUGCCAACGAGAAGAGGCAAGUGCUUAUCGAGACUCUUGCCGACGUUGACGACGAAAUUGCGGAGAUCUUCCUGGAAGAGCAGACACCCACGCCGGAACAGAUCAAGGCCGCCAUUCGCCGAGCAACCAUUGGCCUGAAGUUCACACCAGUGCUGAUGGGUUCCGCCCUUGCGGAUAAGUCGGUCCAGCCCAUGCUCGACGCUGUCUGCGAUUACCUUCCCAACCCUUCCGAAGUUGAAAACAUGGCUCUGGACAAGAGGCGAAAUGAGGCACCGGUCAAACUGGUUUCGUAUAACUCCCUCCCUUUUGUGGGUUUGGCGUUCAAGCUGGAAGAGAGCAACUUUGGACAAUUGACGUAUAUCCGAGUGUACCAGGGCUGCCUGAGAAAGGGCAUGAAUGUCUUCAACGCGCGGUCUGAUAAGAAGGUGAAGAUUCCUAAAAUUGUGCGCAUGCAUUCGAACGAGAUGGAAGAGGUACAGGAGAUUAAUGCAGGUGAAAUUUGCGCAGUGUUUGGCGUCGACUGCGCAUCCGGAGACACCUUCACCGAUGGUUCUCUUGGAUACACUAUGUCGUCAAUGUUCGUUCCCGAACCGGUCAUUUCCCUGUCUAUUAAACCGAAGAACUCCAAGGAUACUGCCAACUUCUCCAAAGCUAUGAACAGGUUCCAGCGUGAAGAUCCCACUUUCCGCGUCCAUGUCGACCCUGAAUCGCAAGAAACCGUUAUCUCUGGUAUGGGCGAGUUGCAUCUGGACAUUUAUGUGGAGCGCAUGCGUCGUGAGUACCGAGUUGAGUGCGAGACUGGGCAACCCCAGGUCGCUUACCGCGAGACCAUCACGAAGCGUGUCAACUUCGACCACACACUCAAGAAACAGACUGGUGGAUCUGGUGACUUUGCCCGUGUCGUGGGUUGGUUGGAGCCCAGCGAGACGCUCACUGAGAACAAGUUCGAGCAGCAGAUCUCAGGAGGUACUAUCUCGGAGAAGUUUCUGUUUGCAUGCGAGAAGGGCUUUAUGGCCUCAUGUCAGAAGGGUCCUCUUCUCGGACACAAGGUCUUGGGUACCUCCAUGGUGAUCAACGAUGGUGCCACCCACGCCGUCGACUCGAGCGAAAUGGCUUUCAAGAACGCCACUCAACAAGCUUUCCGCAAAGCCUUCAUUGCCGGCGCACCCCAGGUCUUGGAGCCUCUCAUGAAGACGACUGUCACCGCCCCGAACGAGUUCCAGGGUAACGUUGUCGGCCUGCUAAACAAGCGUAAUGCCGUCAUCAACGACACCGAGAUUGGUCCCGAGGACUUCACUGUCUAUGCAGACUGCAGUUUAAACAGCAUGUUUGGCUUCUCGUCGCAGCUUCGCGCAAGCACCCAGGGCAAGGGCGAAUUCAGCAUGGAGUUCAGCCACUACAGCCCUGCGCCACCGCAGCUACAGAAGGAGUUGGUUGCCAAGUACGAGAAGGAGCAGAAGGAGAGGAACGCGUAAGUUACUUAUGGAAAUGGGCAUCUUGGAGCUGAAAAUUAUGUAUGCACGGUUGUGAUAUACCUCGUUUUUUGUGUUUAUAUACCCCGCUGAGGGCUAGGGAUGACUGGAUAUAGAGGAUAGAACUUUGGAGUUCUCUGAAGCUUUGGAUGCUUGGGAUGGGUGUAUGUACAUUACUGUAUUGGUAGAUACGGAAACAUAGCGUGGAAUAGCCAUUCCUCUCAUGAGCUCAACUCGCCUUUCCACCGAGCAAGACAUGAAAGGAAACAGAGCGGAU